UACAUGGAUCUAGUUGGGGCCAAGUCUGUAAGGGACUACUGGGCGAAGAACGAACUUUACAAUUUCCCCUUCCCCACAUCUAUGUUGUCCGGGAGAAGAUUUGCAGCUGUCUCCAGCAUGCUGCAUAUUAGCCACCCAGACAGUGAUGCAGAGAAUGACAGGAGGAGGGGAACACAGGCCUACGAUCGUCUGUGCAAGAUCCGCCCUCUCUAUGACGAGAUUAGGACCGCGUGUAAAGCUCACUACCAUCCCCAACAACACAUUGCAGUGGAUGAAAGGAUGGUGAAAUCAAAAGCCCGCUCCAUCCUCCGCCAGUAUAUGAAAGACAAGCCCACUAAGUGGGGGUAUAAACUUUUUGUGCUGGCAGAUUCAUCAAACGGAUACACAUGGGACUUUUUUGUAUAUGAGGGGAGAAACAUGGCACUUCAAAAGGGGCUCAGCUAUGAUUCAGUCAUGAAUCUCGUGGACACGCGUGUGCUUGGCCAGGGCUAUAAGCUCUAUGUGGACAACUUCUAUACUAGCCCUACCCUGUUCAAGGACCUCCUGGCCGAGAAGGUAUGGGCUUGUGGAACAAUUAGAGAACAGCGAAUAGGCUACCCGAGAAGACGUCCAGGAGCUCUCACCUCUCAGUCACCACGUGGUACCAUCCGCUGGAUAAGAGAUGAUCCCGUUCUUUUUGUCCAGUGGAAGGACACGAGGGACGUCCGCUUGUGCUCCACAAUGCACACAGCCCACAACCCACAGACCACCGUUCAGAGGAGGGUCAGAGGGACAGAUGGCCGGUGGCAGCUGAAGUCCAUCCCUGCCCCACCAGCUGUCACUGAUUAUAACAAACAUAUGGGGGGAGUGGACCUCUCUGAUGCCAUGAUCGGGUUUUACAACACCGUUCACAAGACCAGGAAGUGGCACAGGACGUUCUUCUAUCACUUUCUGGACAUUGCCAUCGUGAACGCCUUUGUACUUCAUUCCUGUAUGGCAGCAGAGAGGCAUGAGACCCCCCUUACACAGAAGGCGUUCCGGGAGGCCCUGGUGUUGGAGCUGAAGGCAGCGGGGUCACCUUCAACUGGCCCUCCUCCAUCACCUGCUCCAGCUCCCCAAGGUGCACAUCACAAACUGAGGCACUACACGGAAGAUGGCACAGCAGGGAGGCGGAGGUGUGUGAACUGUUCCCUGAAGAGCACCACAGAGUGCACUUCAUGCCAGGUAGUGCUGUGCUUUACGGUGAAGAGGGACUGCUACAAUGAGUGGCAUACAAAGAACAAUUUGUAGGACUCCCCCCUCCC